AUGGGAAGGGUCAGCCUCGGCGGCGGUGCGUCCACAGAUGACACGUGCACCAGCUCGAUUGGGGAAAGUGCUAACGUCCGCUCUGCCGUUUCCCACGUGCACAGCCCGCGACGAUCGCGCACGCGCGUUGCGACGUCGCCUACGCGCCAGCGAUCCGCGUCGCAACUGGAGUGUUUCCGUGUGCUCGGAGUGGCUCGCACCGCCUCGCUGCAGGAGAUACGCGUCGCGUACCGCUCUCUCUGCCGAAAGUGGCAUCCAGAUGUAAAUAAGGACGCGGGAGCAGCCGCCAUGUUCAUGGACGUCAACCGAGCGUACGAGGCGGCAGUGCAUGCGCAUGAGAGGGCGAGCAAGCCGAAGCCACAACGGCCGGCGAGGAGAAAAGACGAUUUUGACGAGUUCUGGGACGACUUUCUGGGUGGCAAGCCAUCCACUCCCAAGGCGGAUCCGCGGAGGAAAAGACAAGGCAUGAAGCCGGGCACAAACGGGGGAGGCGAGCGAAUGAGGGACCCGUUGGCGUGGUCUCCCCAACCCCGCGUGGUGCUCCCCCCGCCGCCGUACCUGCGCGCGGCGGACGUCGCCGCGGAGCGCGCAGCGUUUGAGUCGCGCGUGGAUAGGGCAGUGCGCACACUGGAGGAGGGGCGGCGGGCGCAGGCGGAAGGUCGGUGGGCGGACGCCUUGGCGCUCUACACAGAGGUGCAGGAACAAUACCCAGACCUGGCACUGUCAGUAUACGGUAAAGCGGGGCGCGCUCUUAUGGAGUACGAAGUGAGUGACAUGCGCACGGCUGUUACCCGGUUACGAGUGCUCAGCGUGGAGUUCAAGGGUUAUCCUGAGGUGCAUGCAGCGCUGGCAGCAGCACUAUACGUGGAGGGUGGGGCAGCAGCAGCAGAGCGACAAUUCACCAUCGCAACUCUCCUCGACUCCCGCUUCUCCAACCUUGCAUGGCUUGAGUCGGAGCGACACUGGCCGCCCACCCUGCUGCUGCACAUGAAGCGCUUCCUGCUGCUGCAGUGA